AACAAAGUCCCUUCAGCUUUAGACUCCACACCUUCCGAAACAGCUUGCUCCUGUUCACUCAUCUAGCGUCGCCGUUUUCAUCAUCUCCGGUCACUUCUCAGCUCCGACAGUCCAUAAUCGCUUUCUCUCUACCCCAAGUCCUUUCUGGUAGUCAAGAAAAUUUUCUUUCACAGCUAAAAAAACUGUAAUCGUUUGAGAAGCGAGGGGGGUUUCCACUGUUGUCAAAAGCUUACUUCUUUAAGCAAAGAAUUGGUAAUUUAUCCUCAUAUAUGGUGCCAAAUAGUUUAAGUCAAACAUCAGAACUUGAAAAAUCCCAAGGAAAAAGGUUCCCAUUGUCUCAGCAGAGUUAAGAAGUGGUACAUAAAGCUGGUAAUCUUGUUUUAGGUUUCCAUGCUUUCAUCAUUUCUGGUUGUGUUGAACUUAGAUGGGAGUUCCCUCUUUGGGGCUUCAGUCUGAAAAUCAAGGCGACACUUAUCCAUUGUUAAUGGAGCAACCAAGUGACUUUAGUGGACAUGUUAUUGACAUGCCAAGGAGUGAUGAUGCUUCUUCAUCAAACUUAUCUCCUGAAACAACUUCGAAUGGGUCGGAUAUUUUGCAGCAUGCAGACAGACCUUCUACUAGUGCAAGAGCGCUAGUUUCACAACCUUCAACAUUUUCUUCCAGUGGUACAAACUCAAGAACCUCAUCUGCUGUAAGGAGAGGAGAUUCCCGUAGGAGGAGUCCGUUAAAUUCUGUUUUGUGGAUUUCUGUUGAAUUGAUUCUUACAGUGAGCCAGAUUGUAGCAUCUAUUGUUGUCUUGUCUUUGUCACGAGAUGAGCAUCCCCAUACACCGCUGUUUGCAUGGAUUGUAAGUUAUUCAUCUGGAUGUGUAGCGACCCUCCCUCUUCUUUAUUGGCGUUAUCGUUUUCGUAACCAGGCUUCUGAGCAAGACACUGCUCAAAAUCGCCAUUCUGCACCUAAUAAUGCCCCUGCCAGAUCCUUUUCGCUCUCUGUUGCAAGGACUUCUGAUGGGGGUGAUCAUCAUAAUGCAACUACAUCUCCUAGAGGUGGCCAAAACAUGGGUGCGUUAAAUGCCAGAAUUAAAACACUAGUGGAAUACUUCAAAAUGAUUCUAGAUUGCUUCUUUGCUGUUUGGUUUGUGGUUGGCAAUAUCUGGAUCUUCGGUGGGCAUUCAUCUGCCGGUGAGGCUCCAAACAUGUACAGGUUGUGUAUAGUUUUUCUUACUAUUAGUUGUAUCGGAUAUGCAAUACCCUUUAUUCUAUGUGCUACUAUCUGCUGUUGCCUGCCUUGUAUUAUUUCUGUCCUUGGAUUUAGAGAGGAUCUAUCACAAGCCAGAGGAGCGACGCCUGAAUCCAUUGAGGCUUUGCCUACUUACAAGUUUAAGGUGAAGAAAAGUAGAAAUAGUGAUGGUAAGGAAAUCAACUUGGGUGCAAAUGAGGGUGGCAUCGUGGCUGCAGGAACAGAAAAGAAACAUGCCAUCUCUGGAGAAGAUGCAGUGUGCUGCAUUUGUUUGGCAAAAUACGUAAAUAACGAUGAGCUGAGGGAGCUGCCAUGUUGUCACUUCAUGCACAAGGAAUGUGUAGACAAAUGGCUUAAGAUCAAUGCAUCGUGUCCUCUUUGCAAGAACGAGGUUGGGGAGAACAUAUUGGACUUGAUGUCGGGGACAAGCGCAACCAGCAUCUUGAGCUCACUUUCUGGAGCACAUGACAACCAUCGACGAGCUGCAUACAGUUUGACGGUCUUUCAUCUUAUGUGUUGGAUGGUCGUCCCUUCCAUUCUUUAUGGUUGUCUUACGGGGUGAGACUGAGAAUGAGAUGUAGCUUGUUAGACUCACUUGACUGUGACUCACAAGACAGGCACAGAACACAGGAAUUCUACUGUCACCGUUCUUAAUUUUUACUGUAUACCCACAUUGGCAUUGAACAUGUAUGAUUUCUUACUGUUAUAUCUGCUGUCAGAAUGGAAUUGAUUUACUACCA